CCCAAAUGCACUCCACAUAAAUACCAAAUCCAAAUCCAACUAACUCAUUACCCUUAUCUUUCUCACACAUACCAUUUCUAGACACACUAAAAAUACACUUCACUCUCUCAUCCAAACCACCCGUGAAUGGAAUGACAGAGUACCGGUCGCCGCCGACGAUGAAUCUCUGGACCGACGACAACUCUUCCGUCAUGGAGGCCUUCAUGAGCUCCUCCGACUUCUCAUCCCUGUGGAUGCCCACCCCUCAAUCCGCUACCUCUAGCACCACUCCGGGAGCCGACGCUUCUAGAGCCCCGCCGCCACCACCGCCGUCCCAGUCUCAGUCCCUUCUUAACCAGGAGACCUUACAACAACGGCUGCAAACGCUGAUCGAAGGUGCCAGAGAGAGCUGGACCUAUGCCAUUUUCUGGCAAUCUUCUUAUGACUACUCCUCCGGCGCUUCCCUUCUCGGUUGGGGCGACGGAUACUACAAGGGCGAGGAGGACAAAGGAAAAGGAAAAGCCCCCAAGGAGACUUCGUCCGCGGAGCAGGACCACCGUAAGAAGGUUCUCCGCGAGCUCAAUUCCUUGAUUUCCGGCCCUUCCGCUUCCGCCGAUGACGUCGACGAAGAGGUAUCCGACACUGAGUGGUUCUUUCUAGUGUCCAUGACUCAGUCCUUUGUCAACGGCAGCGGCCUCCCGGGCCAGGCUUUUUUUAAUUCCAAUCCCGUUUGGGUCACCGGGCCCGACCGGUUAUCCGAAUCGGCGUGCGAGCGGGCCCGCCAGGCGCAGGUUUUUGGGCUUCAGACUCUGGUCUGCAUACCGUCCGCAAACGGCGUCGUUGAGCUGGCGUCUACGGAGGUGAUUUUCCAGAACCCUGAUCUCAUGAGCAAAGUGCGGGAUUUGUUCAACUUCAGCAACCCCGACGCGGGUUCCUGGCAGUUGAACUGCGUUGCCACCGAUCAGGGCGAGAACGACCCUUCCUCACUCUGGCUCAACCCUUCUUCCUCUAUCGAAAUCAAGGACACCUCUAACGCCGUUGCACCCGCUUCAGCAAAUGCAGCAGUGAGCAAAACGAUGCCGUUCGAAACCCCUGGUUCCAGCACUCUAACAGAAACCCCUAGUGCCGCCGCCGCAGCAGCUCACGUCCCCAUCCCCAAGAACCAGGGUUUCUUCCCGAGGGAAUUAAACUUCUCCAACUCCUUAAAGCCCGAAUCCGGUGAAAUUCUGAGCUUCGGAGAGAGCAAGAAGAGCUCUUACAAUGGGAGUUACUUUCCCGCUGUAGCAGCUGAGGAGACCAACAAGAAGAGAAGGUCUCCUGUUUCUCGCAGCAGCAUUGACGAUGGAAUGCUGUCCUUCACCUCCGGCGUCAUUCUACCGGCUUCGAAUGUAAAAGCUGGUGGUAGUGGUGGUGGUGCCGGGGGCGGUGAUUCCGAAAACUCGGAUCUGGAGGCUUCCGUGGUGAAAGAGGCGGACAGCAGGGUGGUGGAACCGGAGAAAAGGCCCCGGAAGAGGGGUCGAAAGCCGGCGAACGGCAGAGAGGAGCCGCUGAAUCACGUGGAAGCGGAGAGGCAGAGGAGGGAAAAGCUGAAUCAAAGGUUCUACGCGCUUCGUGCGGUGGUUCCAAACGUGUCGAAGAUGGACAAGGCGUCGCUGUUGGGCGAUGCCAUAUCCUACAUAAACGAGCUGAAGUCAAAGCUGAGUGAGCUUGAAUCGGAGAAAGGGGAAUUGGAGAAGCAAUUGGAUUCGGCGAAGAAGGAGCUUGAGCUGUCAACCAAAAACCCUCCUCCUCCUUCUCCUCCACCUGGACCAUCUCCAUCUAACAAAGAAGCGAAGGAAACGACGAGCAAGCUGAUUGAUUUGGAAGUAGAGGUGAAGAUCAUAGGGUGGGACGCCAUGAUAAGGAUCCAAUGCAGCAAGAAGAACCACCCUGCGGCAAGGUUGAUGGCAGCGUUGAAGGACCUGGACCUGGACGUGCAUCACGCCAGCGUCUCCGUGGUCAAUGAUUUGAUGAUCCAACAGGCCACCGUCAACAUGGGAAACCGGUUUUACACGCAGGAACAGCUCCUGUCGGCGCUAUCCUCCAAAAUUGGCCAUGCACUAUAGUAUGCACUACCACUUCUAGCUGUAGCUGUAGCUAUCCAUGUAAAAUACUGUUCUUUUUUUUUUGGUAGCAUAGACUAAAUUAAAUUCUUGAGGCAAUUGGAUUUGGGAAGCGGAACGGACCCUGGAACAGUUUUUCUUCAAAUCUAUAGCAGCUCUUAUGAAGUAGAGAUGAACUACUUUUGUGUUAAUAUUAUCUGUUUAUUUGGAUUGUAAAUAUGUUUAUGAAUUAUCAUAAAUGUGAACCGAACUUGGUUAAAUUUAUGGGUAUUUUUCCUAAA